AUGAGAAAAGUCUAUGAGCAAAAAGGACCUCAGCUCAAUGAGAUGUAUAUUAUAAUGCGAAAUACUGUUGGAGGACCACCAUUCUGUGAAUGUCCCCAUUGCCCUAAGCCUGCACCACCUCCGCCGACACCAGCUCCGGGACCACCACCUCCAAGGGUUAUGAUUGAUGAAUGGAUGGAUCUGCGUGCAGGCGAUCCGUGGCCGGACAGAAUUCUCGUGAAAGCCCUUGAUAAGACACUGGACACAAUCCCUGGAGAAAACCCAGACCAGUAUGUUGCUCUGUGGUACCAGGCUGGAGAACCUGUCAUGGGACGUAUUUGGAACGAGGGUGGCAAGGUGGCUGCUAACUUCUGCUGGAACAAGAACGAGUACAAAGGGAACGUCGGUUCCAUCCAAGUGCUCGUCCACCUUUCUGAGCAUGUCAGAGGUUUCGACUACCAGUGGCUACCAUACCCGCAGGCGGCGUCGUUCGAUAAGGAUAAAGAAUGGAUCCCAGUACACGUGAACAAUACAAAGGGCGACAUAUCUUCCGGUGUGAUCACGUUCGAACGGAAAACAGAUUCUUGGAAAGGUCGACGUGAGAAACGAGAAGUCAUCAGCCGGAUUCGGUGGCAAAGAAAACAUGCUUGUCGGACCGGCAUGCGCCAGCAACACUAUAGUGUUGUGUCGUAA